UGUGGCUCGCUCGUUUGUUUGUAGUCACCUCUCGUCGUCGUCAUUAUUUGUUGCCGUCGUCAUCUUUGCUAGCUGGCGUUAUUAACAGCGGCCAAACAGGCAGGCAGGCAGUCAGUCAGCCCAGCAAGUAAAACCAAUAACAACAACAAAACACACACCACCACCACCAUUGGCCUACCAACCACAGCAGCCUUACGGCAACACACAGCCAUAUAGCGCAGCAACAACCACCACCACCACCACCAACCAUCCAACCGACCCAGGCAGGGGUCGUUAUACACAACAUUCUGACUGUGUUCACAUCGUUGUUGAGUAAAAUAUUUCAGGAGUCAGUUCAGUCCUGCUGCGCAUCUUGUAACGUUAAGUUUAGUCGAGAGUUGUGCCGAUGAUCACCGCUUGCCCAUGCAUGCUGUGGUUCUCUGUUACGCGUUAACAAAUUUUUAUGAAAUUUCACUCCAUCGAAUGAAUUCAAUAAACAAAACAAAAUACAUUUUUCCCAAAACCAUGGAUUUAAGUGAAUAACGAAAAAACAAAAUAUUAACGGAAUUAUUAUUAGCAAAAAACAAACGAAGGCCAUUGAUAACGGAUUACCCUAAAACACAAGUGUUUGUAAACAAAAAUAUUGAAUUAAAACAAGAAAAUAUUGAAAAAAAUUCCAAGUGAAAAAUAUGAUAAAAAUAGUAUAAAACCGAAAACAAAUUGUGAAAUUCAAAAAUUUUUAAUAAAAGAAUUGAAAAUAAGUUGUGUAAAAUUUUGUGAAAAUCUAAAGAAAUCUCCGAAAUACUUUAAGAAUUUUGAAAACAAAGAAAAAACAAACUCCCCCAAAAUGAUGAUGAACGCUUUCAUUGACCCCACGACCACCAGCCAACAUCAUUUGGCCACCUACGGCAUUCGCAUGUCACCCACCAACUCCACCCAACAACAACAAACAGAUCUGGCCGCCCAUCAACAGUUGCAACAGCAGCAACAACAACAGCAGCAAUCGCCCCAAGAUGAUCCCCAACAGCAAUUGGAUACCAGCGGCCUAAUGUCGUCAGCCAUGUCUUCGGGCAUUUCCAGUGACAUGUCAUCACCCACUUCAGCCUAUCAAAACAGCGGCUAUGGACCGUUCAACACCCAACUGGGUUCAUAUUCUUCACGGGACUUUUUGCUGGGCCGUCGCAGCGAACAGGAUUACAUGUCCGGCACAGCCUCAGCCCAGGCUGUGGGCCAAGGUGCCAGUGCCGCCGAUUCCAUGCUGUUUCCCACCUUUCCUGCCUCACAUGCCAAUCAUCCGGAUUUGACCGGUUCCUUUGGCCAGCAUCCCUUCCACUCACAUCAUCAUGCGGCCCAUCAUCAUCACUCGCAUCAAAUGCGCAUGGGCAUGGCCGACUAUGCCACCCAUCCCUAUGCCCAUGCGCAACAUCAUGCCAAUUUUCCGUCGGUACAUGCAGCCCAUCAUGCCCAACACAUGGGUAUGCAUCCCGCCGGAGCGGGAGCCUUUCUGCGCUACAUGCGCCACCAGCCACCCACCUCCGCCUCGGCCAUUAAACAGGAAAUGCAAUGUCUGUGGAUAGAUCCCGACCAACCGGGCCAGCCCAACAAUCGCAAGACCUGCAACAAGAUUUUCCACUCGAUGCAUGAAAUUGUCACACACUUGACGGUGGAGCAUGUAGGCGGACCCGAGUGUACCACCCAUAUUUGUUACUGGAUUGGCUGUUCGCGCAACGGGCGCCCCUUCAAGGCCAAAUACAAAUUGGUCAAUCACAUUCGGGUGCACACCGGCGAAAAGCCCUUUGCCUGCCCACAUCCCGGAUGCGGAAAAGUCUUUGCACGCAGUGAAAAUCUCAAGAUCCACAAGAGAACGCAUACAGGUGAAAAACCCUUCAAAUGCGAACAUGAGGGCUGUGAUCGCCGUUUUGCCAAUUCAUCGGAUCGUAAGAAGCAUUCGCAUGUCCAUACAUCGGAUAAACCCUACAAUUGCCGCAUUAAUGGCUGUGAUAAAUCCUAUACUCAUCCAUCAUCGCUGCGCAAGCACAUGAAGGUUCAUGGUAACAUUGAUGAAAAAUCCCCAUCCCAUGGCUAUGACAGUGAAGGCGAAGAGUCCUCCUCUUCGAGCAUAGUGACCGGUGGUGCCCAGACACCACCUUCGGCCCGUCUUACCAGCGAUAAUUCAUCCGGAAAUGGCAGUCUAAAUAAAUCCUCACCGCAUUCCAUUAAAUCUGAACCCGGUCAGCCCAGCACAACAUCUAUGCAUAAUGUCCACCUGGGAGCCUCAUCGAGUGGCAGCAGUAGCACAAACAGCAGUUCUCAUCACAAUCAGCAACAUCACCAGCAACAACAAUCAUCAUUGGCUAGCCAGCAACAGCAGCAACAACAACAGCAGUCACAUCAUCACCAUCAUCAUCAUUUAAAUCAUCACGAAAGUAAAUCCUCGGCCUUGCAGCUGAUGGCAGCUUCAUCGGCGUAUCUACCGCCACCAUUGGGUCCACCGCCCUCACUGACGGCCGCCGGCAGUAGCCAUCAUCAUGGACAUCAUCAUCACCAUCAGGGCAUGGCCGGUUCGCCGACAUCUUCGGCCAGUGGUAAUGCUGCGGCCGCCUCAAUGUUGGCCGUUGGUGGUCAUCAUCCCAAUCAUCAUUUGCUCUAUCAUCCGGCGGCCCAACAUCAUGCUGCCACGGACUGGUAUCAUGCUGCCGCCCCAACAGCCGGUGCCGAUGCCAUGAAUCCCCUCAAUCAUUUUGGACAUCAUCAUCACCACCAUCACCUAAUGCAUCCUGGUGCCGCUACAGCCUAUUGAACAUUGAAAUGAAAGAGAUUCUUAGGACAUUGUAGGUCUUUGUGUUUUAGGAAAAUUUUUCAUUAAGCCCCCCCCCUCAACCCGCGCUUAGCUCUAAACAGGGUAAGCUGUUGUGUUUUAUCGAAGGCUAAGCAAAUCCAAAAGCAUCUCAGAGAAGCUUAAAACAGAUUUCAAAGCCAAAAAACACAUGGAACAGUUCUCUCUCUCUCUUGCUCCCUCUAAUAUCUAGGCCAGUUAAAGGCAUGGAGUUACUCACAGAAUCCUGAUUUCUUCUGAUAUCCCGCUCUCUAACACAUCCACACAAAUUUACUCUUUAGUGCUUUCUUUAUGUUUUAAACGCCCAUAAAAAAAUCGCAAAAAGCAGCUACUAUUCCUAUUAAGUUUAUAUUUGUAAAUUAAAGCCAAAUAUUUCCUCAAAAACGAAAAAACAAAAAUUAAUAAAAAAAUUUAUUGACAAAAAUACUAAAAAUUUAUAAAAUUAAAAAUUCAACCUUUAAUUAAAUACCUGAACAUUUAAAAUAUUACAAAUAAAAUGUUAUUAAAUUUAAGUUGUAAAUAUUAAAAACAAAAAUAAAUCUCCCCUCUAAGUAA